GAAUCUUUUCCGUGAAUCAGUUUGAAAGCAGCAAUACUUUUGUACAGAAAACAGAUAUGUCUUUCCAGCAGAGUAUAACAUUGUUUUAAGUGAAGGAAAGUUUGGAUUUAACGUGACAUUGCAAUGGGAUUAAAUGUAGACAUGAUGAAGACAGGGACUUUUAACUUCGUGCUUGGGCUGUCCGUGGGUCUGGUUUUUGCCUACAUAAGCACCACAUACUUCGCAAGCCCAAGGACGCUUGGGUUAUCAGCCAGCGUGAAACACAUGACCAUCAGCGAGGACGGACCCAGGGUCGAGGUUCCAAGAGACACGUUUCCUACUCAAGAGGAUCUUGAUAAGAUGCAGAAAAUCAUCCGUCCUGUACAGUUUCAGGACGCGCAUUCGCAUCAUGGCGACAACAGAGAAGCCAAAAAACUGUAUGAUCAAGUACGGGUUUUAUGCUGGGUAAUGACUAGUCCCAAGAAUCUGCAGAAAAAAGCCGUACAUGUGCGUGCCACGUGGGGCCAUAGAUGAAACAAG